UCGUUUAUAACCAAAUCUCCCACGAAACUCACUCCCUAUCCAUCACACUCUCCAUAAACAAGACACACAAAGCAGAAAUUUUUUCCUCUCUAUUUAAAGGUACGCUUUGAAACCCUAGAAAUUUAGCUUACUCGUUUAUUUCCUUGUUUGAGGAUCGUAAACUUUAUGGAUUGAUAAUUUUUUUUUUCUUUGGUUUAUUCAUGGAUGCAUAGAUUUAGUAUGUGAGUAGUUGUAGGGAAUGGGAAAAGGAAGGCCUAGAGCUGUGGAGAAAGGGGUUCUGGGGCAGAACUUGAGUGUAUCAUCUCCUGGUUCAGUGCAUGUGCCUCCAGCACCUGUUUAUUAUCCUAGUGAGGAGGAAUUUAAGGAUCCCUUAGAGUAUAUUUAUAAGAUUAGAGCAGAAGCUGAGAAAUAUGGGAUUUGUAAGAUUGUGCCACCAAAGAGUUGGUCACCACCAUUUGCACUGAAUUUGGAUGGUUUUAACUUUCCAACUAAAACGCAGGCUAUUCAUCAGUUGCAGGCUAGGCCUGCUUCGUGUGAUUCGAAAACAUUUGAGUUGGAGUACAAGAGAUUUUUGGAGGAUCAUUGUGGUAAGAAGUUGAAGAAGAGGGUGAUUUUUGAAGGGGAAGAAUUGGAUUUGUGUAAAUUGUUUAAUGCUGUUAAGAGGUUUGGUGGGUAUGACAAGGUUGUCAAGGAGAAGAAAUGGGGGGAGGUUUCUAAGUUUGUGAGGUCAGGGAAGAAAAUUUCUGAGUGUGCAAAGCAUGUUUUGUGUCAAUUGUAUUUUGAGCAUCUGUAUGAUUAUGAGAAGUAUUAUAACAGGCUGAAUAAGGACGCAACUAAAAGUUGCAAAAGGGGAGUGCAAGAGGAUAGGAAGAAGUGUGAAGAUAAGGCUGAUAUUUCAGCCUCAAAAAGAAGAAGAAAAAAUGUUGAUGGUGAGAAAGUUAAGGUUUACAAUAAGGCUGAGAAGGAGAAAGAGGAAGAGCUUGAUCAGAUAUGUGAGCAAUGCAGGAGCGGUUUGCAUGGGGAGGUGAUGCUUUUGUGUGAUAGGUGUAAUAAGGGAUGGCACAUUUAUUGUCUCUCACCACCAUUGAAGCAAAUCCCUCCUGGGAAUUGGUAUUGCUUUGAGUGCUUGAACUCAGAUAAAGAUAGCUUUGGUUUUGUUCCUGGCAAGCGCUUUACAGUGGAAGCUUUUAGGCGUUUGGCUGAUAGGGCCAAGAGGAAAUGGUUUGGAUCAGGAUCUGCUUCACGAGUGCAAAUGGAGAAAAAAUUUUGGGAGAUUGUGGAGGGAUCAGCGGGUGAAGUUGAAGUUAUGUAUGGAAGCGAUUUAGAUACUUCAAUUUAUGGGAGUGGCUUUCCACGUGUAAAUGAUCAGAGACCAGAAUCCAUUGAGCCUAAGUUAUGGGAUGAAUACUGUAGCAGCCCAUGGAAUCUCAACAACUUGCCCAAGUUGAAAGGUUCAAUGCUUCAAGCUGUUCAUCAUAAUAUAACUGGUGUAAUGGUGCCCUGGCUGUAUAUUGGCAUGUUAUUCUCAUCUUUUUGCUGGCAUUUUGAAGAUCACUGUUUUUACUCUAUGAAUUAUCAUCACUGGGGAGAGCCAAAAUGCUGGUAUAGUGUACCUGGUCAUGAAGUCAAUGCUUUUGAGAAGGUGAUGCGGAAUAGUCUUCCUGAUCUUUUUGAUGCACAACCAGAUUUACUCUUUCAGCUUGUCACCAUGCUGAACCCAUCUGUCUUGCAAGAAAAUGGAGUUCCAGUCUACAGUGUACUGCAGGAGCCUGGAAAUUUUGUCAUAACCUUCCCCAGGUCUUAUCAUGGAGGAUUCAAUUUUGGUUUGAAUUGUGCAGAGGCUGUUAAUUUUGCUCCUGCUGAUUGGCUGCCUCAUGGUGGGUUUGGAGCAGAUCGAUAUCAGAUGUAUCAUAAAACUGCUGUUUUAUCUCAUGAGGAGCUUCUUUGUGUAGUAGCUAAGUUUCAGGGCAACUGUGAUGACAAAGUAUCACCUUAUUUGAAGAAAGAAUUGCUGAGGAUAUAUACGAAAGAGAAAAGCAGGCGAGAGAGACUUUGGAGAAGUGGUAUAGUCAAAUCAUCUCCCAUGCUUGCUCGAAAAUGUCCUGAAUACGUUGGUACUGAAGAGGAUCCAACAUGCAUUAUUUGCAAGCAGUAUCUUUAUCUUUCGGCAGUUGUUUGUCAUUGUAGGCCAUCUGCAUAUGUCUGCCUGGCGCAUUGGGAGCAUAUUUGUGAAUGCAAAUCCAGCAGACUUCGUCUUCUUUAUCGUCAUACCCUUGCAGAGUUAUAUGACUUGGUGCUUACAGCAGAUAAGUUUGGUUCUGAGGAGAGAUCACAGAGUAAUAGCUUACAAAGGCAAAGUUCCCGUUCCAAUGAAAUGAAUGUCUUGACCAAGAAGGUCAAAGGUGGCCAUGUCAGUCUGGCCCAACUUGCUGAACAAUGGCUUUUGCGCUCCAGUAAGGUUUUUCAGAAUCCAUACUCCGGUGAUGCAUUUGCUACUCUAUUGAAGGAGGCUGAACAAUUUCUCUGGGCUGGUUCUGAGAUGGAUUCAGUGCGGGAUAUGACAAAGAAUUUGACUGUAGCUCAUAAAUGGGCAGAAGGCAUCAGAGAUAGCCUUUCUAGAAUUGAAAAGUGGUCAUGUUGCGGUGAAUCUGAUUUUGAGAGAGUGCAGAUGGAGUAUAUCAAUGAGUUGCUGAGUUUUGAUCCUGUGCCCUGUAAUGAGCCUGGGCAUCUUAGAUUGAAGAAGCAUGCAGAAGAAGCCAGGCUGUUGAUUCAGGAAAUUGAUUCUGCUCUGUCAUCAUGCUCAAAAAUAUCUGAUUUGGACUCGCUGUACUCAAGAGCGUGUGAUUUCCCAAUCUAUAUAAAAGAAAGUGAGAAAUUAUUGCGGAAAAUUUCACCAGCUAAGGCAUGGAUAGAGAAUGCAAGGAAAUGCAUUUCAGAAAAAUCUUCUGCUGCAGUUGAUAUUGAUUUCCUCUACAAGUUGAAGUCAGAGAUAUCAGAACUUCAAGUUGAGCUUCCUGAAGUGGGAAUGCUUUUAGAUCUAUCAAGACAAGCUGAAUUAUGCAAGGGUUGCUGUAGCGUAAUUUUGAAAUCUCCUAGUUGUUUGAAGGAUGUUGAAGUGCUACUUCAAGAAUGGGGUAAAUUUACUGUUAAAGUACCAGAGUUGAUGCUUCUGAAGCAGUACCACCUUGAUGCUGUUUCAUGGAUUGCUCGCUAUGAUGAUCUUUUGGUUAAUGCUCAUGAACGAGAAGAACAAGAUAUUGUGGUUAAUGAGUUAAAAUGCCUUCUGAAAGAUGGAGCGUCCUUGAAAAUUCAAGUUGAUAAGCUGUCUGUUCUUGAGGUUGAGUUGAAGAAGGCUUGUUGCAGGCAAAAAGCUAUGAAGGCACAUGAAUCCAAAAUGCCCUUGGACUUCAUUCAGCAACUUAUGAUGGAUGCUACUGUGCUACAGAUUGAGAAUGAGAAGUUAUUUGUUGAUAUAUCUGGAGUUCUUGCAACUGCUUUGUCUUGGGAAGAAAGAGCAGUAAAAGUUCUUGAACACAAAGCUCAAAUGUCUGACUUUGAGGACAUUAUAAGGAGUGCAGCAGACAUAUCUGUUAUUCUACCUAGUUUAGAAGAUGUCAAAGAUGCUGUAGUAGUGGCCAAGUGCUGGUUAAAGAAUUCUGAGGCAUUUUUAAGGUCUUCUUCCGUGGAAUCUGGCUAUUGUUCUCUACUUAAACUGGAGGCCCUGAAGGAGUUAAUUUUGCAGUCAAAGUUACUUAAAAUAACUUUAGCUGAACAGAGGAUGCUUGAAAUGGUUUUAAAGAAUUGUGAGGAAUGGGAGCAGGUUGCUUCCUCUGCAUUGCAAGAUGCUGGGUGCAUAUUGGGUACAAGUUUUGUUGGUGAUGGAAAGACCAUUGAUCUUACUGCAAGAAUUGGACAUUUGGUUGCUCAAAUGGAGUCCAUCAUAAAAGCUGGUAUCUCUCUUGGUUUUGACUUUCUUGGGCUUCCAGAACUUCAGAAUGCUUGUUCUGUGCUGCAAUGGUGUAGUAGGGCCCUUUCUUUCUACUAUGCUGCUCCUUCUUUAGAGGACGUUGAGAGCUUAAUGGAGACUUCAGAAAAACUUUCUGUUGCAUGUACCUGUAGUUCUCUGUGGAGCUCUUUAAUUGAUGGGGUUAAAUGGCUAAGGAAAGCCUUGGAGGUAAUUUCUUUGCCUAGUAAUUUUCAAAGAUGCAAGUUGAGUGAGGCCGAAGAAGUUCUUGUGAAAUCUGAGAGAAUCAAUGUCUCCUUUCCCAUUGUGGUUGAUCAACUUGUAAAUGCUAUUGAGAAACACAAGUUGUGGCGAGAACAAGUAGACCAAUUUUUCCAUCUUAAUUUUGAGGAACGUUCUUGGUCUCAAAUUCUAAAACUUAAGGAACUUGGGGAAGCUUCUGCAUUUGCUUGUUCUGAACUAGAUAUGAUUUUAUCUGAAGUUGAAAAGGUUGAAAAAUGGAAGCAACGUCUCGUGGAAACUGUAGGAAUUCUUGUAGAUGAUCAGAAUCCUUUACUAGGUUCAUUGCAAAAGAUCAAACAGUCUCUAGACACAUCAUGUUACAUCCUUGGCAAAUUACAGAACUUUAAAGCAAGAAAGUUGUUCAUGUGCUGCUCCAGUUAUCAUGAAGAUCAGGAGUUCUUAAAUUGUUCAGCAUGCAAAGACUGCUAUCACUUGCAAUGCCUAGAGCCAGCAUCACUUGAGAAGAAUAAUGUAGAAUUCUAUAUUUGUCCUUAUUGCUGUUGCCUUGAGGAUCCAUCAAUGGUUCAAAAUGAAGUUCUUUUUCUGAGAUUUGGAGGGAGCCAACCAGAAUUAAGCAUGCUUAUCAAACUUCUAUCCGAUGCAGAACAUUUAUCUAUAGGGAUUCAAGAAAGAGAUGCAUUACAGCAGAUUGUGGAGCAAGCUCUGGAAUGCAAAACAUGCUUGAGAGAAAUACUGGAUUUUGAAGCAUCCUAUUUGCAUGAAGAUCUUAACGUUAUCUCUAAAAAAAUUAUUAUAGCUUUGAAGGCCGCACAUAUGGCUGGUGUAUAUGAGAAAGAAGUUAACUAUGGCCUUGAAAUGGCACUAGCAAGAAAUUCAUGGAGAGUGAAGGCUAAGAGAUUAUUAGAUGGUGCACAGAAACCUGCAAUGCAGCAGAUUCAGCAGCAUACGAAAGAGGGGCUGGCUUUGAAUAUACCUCCUGAAGAUUACUUCAGACAAAAACUCAUAGAAUUAAAGCAUAUUGGCUUGCAGUGGGCAGAUCGUGCUGAGAAGGUUGCCUUGGAUUCUGGGAAUCUUGGCUUAGAUCAUGUUUUUGAACUUCUUUCAGAAGGUGAAAAUUUGCCUGUUUCCUUAGAGAAGGAAUUAAAGUUACUGAAAUCUCGUAGUAUGCUGUACUGCAUCUGUCGAAAGCCAUAUGAUGAUAGAGCAAAGGUUACCUGUGAUCGAUGUGACGAGUGGUAUCACAUUGAUUGCGUUAAUAUACUCUACCUGCCAAAGAUCUAUGUAUGUGCCGCGUGUGAUCCUCAACAAGAGCUGUCGACAUCACAGCAAAUGGAUAAUGAGAGGGCGACAAGUUCCAAAUUUGUCGAGCCGAAAACACCUUCUCCAACGCACACAAUACCAAGAAAGAAGCCAAAGGAAACUGAUUAUAGUAUAGCACAAGAGAUGCUUUCAGUUGGAAAUAGUAGUAAUAGCACAUCUAACAGAUCAAGUGGAAUUGAUAGAUUGUGGUGGCCAAAUAGCAAUAAUAGCACAUCUAACAGAUCAAGUGGAAUUGAUAGAUUAUGGUGGCGAAACAGAAAGCCUUUCAGAAGGGCGGCAAGAAAGCGAGCUGAGCUUGAAAGUCUGUCUCCAUUUUUUCAUAUACAACAAUGAACAAGAAAUUGAUUAGUUAUCAGUCAUUUAAUUGAUUCAAUUGAUUCCUAGGUUGCAUUUGCAAUUUUCUGGUUCAAUUUCAAUAAAAUCAAGUUAUUAUUCAUAGAAGC